CGCGCUUCCGGAGUCGAGUAGCCCGGCCCGCACGAGGCAUCCCCGGCUACUUUCGGCACCAAAUUCCGGCAUCGGAGCUGCCAAACAGAGACCGUGCCCCGCCCCUUCCCCUCAAACUCCGAACUCGAACCGUUCUCCCUCCGCACUUCCCGGUCACAUGACGCCGUGCUCGAUCUCUCCGUGUGAAGCUUUCCCCUCCCUCGUGCCACGAUUAUGUCAUUGUCCGCCAGAAUUCUAAGAAGCAGCUUCGUUCCCACAGUUCGGAGACCCUUUAUCACGAGCACGCCCGCCUUUUUACCGUCCAAUCGCUACCGCACAAUGGCCACCAAGGAGUUCCUUUGCAUCCUCCCCGAUAAGCCGGAUGCGCUUGCCCGGCGCUUGGAAGUCAGACCUACACAUCUUGAGAAUGCCCAGGGCCACAAGAGCAACGGAAAGGUUGCUGUCGGUGGUGCCAUGUUUGAGAAGGAGCACCCUGUCGAGGGCCAGACGCCCGGCUUCAAGGGUAGCGUUAUGAUCUACACCGUUAAGGACGCCGAGGAAGCCUGGGAACUCAUCAGAGGCGAUGUCUAUGCCAAGAAUGAUGUUUGGGACCUGGAGAAGGCGCAGGUCAUUCCGUUCAAGUCAGCUAUUCGCGAGUCUUUGUAAACAUGUCUGAGUACGCUGGUCAAUUUGUUUUCAAUCAUAUUGCAACCUAAGGCAGACUUCCACUUGGCUGCAGCAUAUUCCAUGGUCUGAAUACACUAAAUGCCCAUAUGGCCCAUGGGUCAACCCAGCGUCGUUCCAGUCACCAGCACAGCAGGCGCCCUCCUAGGUCGGUUGGUCAGGUCAAACUGGCUGGGUGGUGGAGUGGUUUAAGGCUAACAAUCAAUUACGCCCACAGCCUACUCGACGACAGGCUACGAGUUCCGAGCUCGAACCCAAGCAUGAGCACC